UUUACAAGAAAGUUUUGAUGUCCAGAUAGGACUGCUAAAGGUCAAGGACAGCCGGCUGCGCGCAAUCAGAAUGCAGGACGCUCCUCUGCCGGAUUCCGGCAGCGAGGGAGAUUACCGUGGCGGGGAAACCGAAAAGGUGGAUGUCUCUGGACGGGAAGCGGAAGCCCAUGAAGUUAACUGCACUAUUUGCGGAGCUAAGAAAGCAUCGGCACUUCUGGACCUGCGUUCCAACCAGGCUAUGCACCGUCGCCUGAGCCGCGAAUGGAAGAUGCAAGCCGAUGUUAUUCGCUCAACACUGAAAGCCAUUUGCGUGGAGUGUGUAUGCAAGGUAAACAUGCACUCGGAGGUCACUCGCUCCCUCGUGCAACGGAUGCAGCGUUUGCAGCGUUCGAACACAGUGACCACCACCACAGUGACUCCCACCCAGCUUAGUCCGCCUAUCGCCGAUGCCGAGGUCUCGACCACAUUGAUAGACGGCCAGGAGGAUGGGGAUCGGCGAAACAGGCACAGCUGCCGCAGCUCAAUGUCGUCACACAAUUGCUUGGAGCCCUAUUCCGCUCAACCACCCGAAUCCCCCUCGGCAACAGAGUCCGGCGGCAGGCACGCCGGCGCCCAGUCGGGAUGGAGGUGGCGCACGCGGCUAGAGUGCCAGCAAUGCGGACGAGCCUAUUUCCGACGGGACUACUUUGUCCAGCACACGCGAAGAUGCAGGCGCAGCAGAGACCCGACUCGUUCACCGUGGCCCAAAUGCCGGGUACUCAAUGAGGCGAGCAUUGAUGGCGAGGAGCACAGUCCCAGCCGCACUUUUCACUGCCGAUUCUGUGAUGAGGAUUUUCCCAGCAAGAGCAUCGCGCGACAGCACGAGCGUUCGAAGCACCAGACGAGGUAUUCCUGCGACUUGUGCGAUGCCAAGUGCGACACUAAGUACGAAUACGACAUGCACCACACCAUUUGCAGUGCCAAGCAGGAGGCUCUGCAGAAAGAAGAUGCCUCCGAACCCACGUCGAGGGAGCAAAAAGUGCGAGCCACUCGCUCCCGCUCCCGGGCCUGUUCCAAAGCCCGAGAAGAAAUCGAAACAGAGGAUAAGAUGGAGGAGGACGACAGCGACGAGGAGGACGAUCAGGAGGCGGCCAUGUACACGCGGCGGAUGAACUUUACAGGCGACUGGGUAGUGAACCACAGUCGUAGCAACAGCAACAGUGCCCUCAAUGUAUCCGCCCUCUAUGACGACUACGAACCGGGAGAUUCGCACAUAACAACUGACAAGGAGUACGACCUCUACCAGCUGGACCUGCUGAAGGCUCAGGUUCGUCUGAAGGCCUUUUCCUGCUUUGCACCGACCUGCUGUUACCAGACGAACAACUUGGUGGCCCUGAUGAAGCACGACUACAUGAAGCACUGGAAAAUGAGCUGGUUCUACUGCAACAAAUGUGGCGACGUCUUCACGAGCAAAGUCUUCCUGGACUACCACAUGUACCGGCAGAACCGCGGCCUAUUCAUCUGCCACAAAUGCCGCGACGAGUUCGAGUUCCAGCACCAACUGGACCGCCACCUGCUGCUCCACAGCAAGGGCAUUAACUACCACUGCAACUUCUGCCGCUUGGAGUUUUUAAGCGAGGCAAAGCUGCUGGCCCACUGCAAGCGCAGCGGGCACAGUCCGAACGAUGAGCCCUUGAUCCGGAUCGACCGCUCGCUCUCCAUUAGCAACAGACCACCUCCAGAAGCUGUCCGGAACAUGCGCCGGGAGUACCAGGAGCGGGAGUUCUUUAUACCGCGGGUUGUGGUGCCCUCCCUGCGCCCGAUGCCCUUGCCCAAUCACAAGCCAUUCCGCUUCUCGAUCGGAAUCGUGGAGUUUGACGAGGGAAACCCGCCCAACUGCGUGGGCUGCCAUUGAAACUCAUCCAGGUGUCUGCUCCCAGUCAGAGUGUCUGCUCGCAAUAUUAGUCAGUAAUUUGUGUCUAGGUAGAGUCUAUUGUCCUUAGAUCAAGUCUGAUGUUCACGUUCUAUGUGUUCCAUGUUUAUUUCCGCCACCGAUCGCGUAUUUUAAAUAAAUUAAAUGAAAAGGCGCAUUCUUUUUG